AUGUCCACCCAACUCCUCGACUUAACGGCUGUCAUCACUCCCAAGCCGGGUAAGGCGGAACAAGUUUUCCAGCUCUUCAGCAACUGCGUCAACUAUUCCAAAGCCAACGAGCCAGGCACUCUGCGCUACGAGAUCCACAGGGGGCUCAAGGACAAGAACGGCGGUCUCGAGGAGUUCGUCGUGAGAGAGACAUACGCUGACGAGGAUGCAUUGAACAAACACAUGGGUGGUCCCGACGUCGUCGCUCUCGUGAAAGCCAUGGAAUCUGGCGAGCUAGUCGAGAGCGUCAAAGUCAUCCACACAAACCCUGGUGCUGGAUACGAGCGCUCCAAAAUUUGA